AUGCGCGUAGGGGCGUUGGCUCUUGUCUUUGCGAUCCUUAGUGUUGUGCCUGGCAUGCUUGCGAAGCAUGGAGAAGGUGGAGAUGACGACGACGGGGCCGCACCAGCCACGUCGACGCCCCCUGCAUCGUCGACACCCCCUGCAACCUCUGCAACGUCCGCCCCUCCUGCAACUUCCUCCCCUAUUGCAACGUCCACCCCUCCUGCGACAUCCACAGCCGCAGCCGCAACAUCUUCUACCACUCUGUCACCUACCCCAACCCCCUUUCAGUUUCUCCCUCCAUCCAACGCCACGACUUGCCAGAACGUCAUGCUCAAAUGGCAGUCCAACAUAUCCACGCCAAUCACGCUGUCGGUUACCAACGGCCGCGUGAUCAAUCCGCCUGCCUCGUCCAGCGAAAACUCAGUCCUCGUCUCGCGCACCCUGUCGACCAACGUCUCCGCGUCAGCCGGGCAGUUCGUGUGGGCUUCCGUGGACGUCCCGCCAGGGCCGUACGUCGCAGUGGCGUUCGAUACCUCUCAAAACACUGGUAUAUUCGCACAAUCCCUGCCCUUCUUCGUACAGAUGGGACAGGAUUCUAGUUGCUUGGCCUCUGCGUCCGCGACCUCGGCUCCUCCUCCCCCCGGCUCUCCAACAUCGACCUCAGACUCUGAAGCGUCCUCAGGAAGCUCCGACUCGAGUGCAGGGUCCCAGCCGAAGAAACUGGGCGCUGGUGUGCUCGCGGGCGUUGUGGUCGCGGUGGUAGUGGGGGUGCUGCUGCUGAUCCUCGCGGCCACGUUCCCACACUACUGGAAGGACGCGUUCAUCCGCCGACGCCAGAAUCAGCACCCUGGAGGACCAUACCACCUCUUCUAG